GCAGAGUAUAAAAGGGGGGAGCAGGGAAGGAAGAGACUUGUUUUUGUUCGAGGAGUUGCAGCAAAGCAGAGCCGAGCAGAGAGAAGGAAGCUUUUUUAACCAAAGGACUGGGGCAGUGAGGAGGCACAGCAGGGAUGUGGGCGUGCCUCAGCCUGCUCGUCACUCUCUGCCUGCUCCACGGGGGCGGUGCAGAGAAUGAUGGGGGUGGGCCCCGCUGUCAGCUGCCGCCAGCCUGGAAUAUAGGGGAGGUGGAGCCAAUGAAGGGGGCGAUGGGCCAGGUGACGGUGGUGGCCCUUUUCCAGGCCAGCUGAUUGUUCUGCUUGGUGCAGGCUUCCAGAAUGGACGGCCUGCGCCAGAAGCUGGAGAGUCAGGGUCUGAAGGAUGUGGUCUACAUGGUCAUUAACCACCAGGGGGAGCAAUCACAGCGCCUGCACCCAUUGCUGGCACAGAAGCUAUCAGAGAACAUCACGCUGUACAAACAGGAUGAGCAACAGCCUGAUGUCUGGCAGACACUGAGCGGAGAGAAAGAUGACUUUCUCAUUUACGACAGGUGUGGCCGUCUCACUCACCACAUUUCACUUCCAUACACCAUCAUUGGACAAGGCCACGUUGAGACUGCCAUCAAAGAUACCUACUGCAAACGCAUCUGUGGCGAGUGCACACAUGAGAGUGCUGAGAGCCCAGAGGAGUGCAAAGAGAAACCACCUGCACAGCCUGACGCAGAUGGGAUCCCACCUGUAGAGGAAGACACUGGACAUGGUCACCAUCAUGGACAUCACCACGGUCAUCACCAUGGUCAUCACCACCAAGGGGAUAAUCAUGGUUUUCACCCCCAUGGCUUUGGCCAUGGCCAUGGUCACAACCAUGGUCAUCACCAUGGAAAUCACAAUGGCCAUGGCAGUGACCAUGGGCAAAGUCAAAUUCAGCCAGGGCACGGGCAAGAUGGUAGUGUAUCUCAAAGGCAAGAUCAUUUAGAUUUAAGCCAGGUGCAGCAAGCAGUUCACAUGCACCAGGAGGCCCAUGGAGCCCCUGUGAGGCCGUGAGCACCAGAGAAGUCCAGGUGAAAGUCAAAGUACAGCUGACAGUGGGCAGCAGGCUCUGACAAUGAAGCCUCUCCCAAGGCCAGCUGAUGCUGACACUGACGCAGGCUGUUUGGCGAUGCAGGGAGCGAGCAGCCGGUCGGUCUCUGACACUGUGAUGAGGCGCUGCCCGCCUCCUGACAGUGACACGGACUGAUAGGCGAAGCAGCCAGUAAUGUUAGGGAGACCUGACAGUGACGCUUGCCUCCUGCUGACUGACAGCAGCCUCGGCCAGCCCAAUGAGCCUGACCCCAAGGUGAAAGCUGAGGAUGAGAGCAGCUGUAAGCUGGCUCUGAUACCAGCCUCAUGUUAAUAUCAGCCACAAACACCAGGGGCCAAGCGCUCUUUUUACCAACAAGUAUUACCCUGGGAGAGGGCAGGGCAAUCCCUGACAGCAUGGGAUAUAUGAAGAGGUCCAACAUCUCGGUGACAAAGACAAAAUGAGGUAGAAAAACAAACCAACCAUGAAUUAGCAGCUUGUUAACCUGUUACAUUUGGCACAGAUAUGCAAAUAAUUUGUCACCUUUCACCUGCCUCUGUCAGAGGGUUGCUCUCACUCUCUCUCAGGAGUGUAUGUGGUUGUCAUGUUCAUAAACUGCCUCCUCCACUUUGCUCUCUCCAACCUUUAUGAAACCAGGCGCAGAAACUAUGUUCUAGUGGUGUCUGUUUGAAGUCAGGCAGGAGAGGGAGGAGAGGGUAGUUCAGGAGCAUGACAAACACUUAAAACAUUUCAAAGUCCAGUAUCAAAGGAUAUUGGAGGGAACAUCAAAAACAAGACAGAAUCUGCAAAUACUGCAACAAACAAAUGAUUUAUUACCUGAAAUCAGUUUUUGGGGAAACCUGAAAAGCACAGGCCCAUUACUGGGGAAGUUGAAAAAGCACAUGUAAAAGCAGUAACUGCCACAAAUGACUUUAUUUUUUUUGUUUUGCACUGAAAGUCCACAAGCUUAAACAUAUAUCAGGUGUGUCUUUUACCACUUUCGCAUUUUAAAUGUAUUUGGCAUUCCUAUAUAUGCUUUUCUUUGCAUUCUCUGGACUCACUAUGUAGGUUGUAAAUUGCACACAUUUAUAAGUCUUGCUUACAAAAAAAAUCACACAAGGCUCUAUUGUUCAGAAAAAGGUUGGAGGGGAAAAGAGAGCGAAUCAAUGAAGGACUGUUGGAAUACACUCUGUACUUAAUGAUGGCUUCUGCGGGAAGAUAACAGUCACCCUGAAAGCCUGAUGCUUGCACACAGAACUGUAUUGUGUUCAGGUUGUCAAACAUGCAAAGUGAGAGUUGAAUAAAGAUGGUGGAGUUGCUUUUUUUAGUUUA